AGAGCCGAGCUGAGCCGAGGAGAGGGAAGGCAUCUGGAAAGGGAGCUGCGGGCCGAAAGCUUGCCUCUGCCGCCGGGAUUUCCAGGCGCUGGUGUGCUUAUGUGGGAGCUGUUUGGAAACUAACAUGGUUUAAUCCACUAACUGCAUGUUGGGUAAAUUCAAAACCCACAUGCUCGUCCUCUUGCCGUGGAAUGAGUCCCAUCUGAUGGACAUUUUCUGUGCUUAGAGCAUAGUAAUGAACGUCUGACAGGCGCGACCUUUCAUAAGACAACCCACACUAUUGGCUUUCUGCCCAGAAUAUUGCUGCAACCCAAUCUGUGAUUGGUCCUCCCCUAUCAUGCAUUGCUUCGCAAAGGGAAGCAACCCCUUUUUUAAUAAAUCUACGAUGGCUGGCUGCAAUGGGCUGCACCGUUGGUACUAAGAAGUGCCUUUCCUGACGUCUCUGCUGCUUGGACCGCUUCUAGAGCAGACUCUGCUUUUGCCUUGCUUGCUGCCAGCUAGACCGCGACGACAGCACCUCCACCCUCCGCCCUUCGCCUCUAGCCCAGACACCCCCAUUUCUACCUAGAAUCAAGAGAAAGCCUCUGAGUAUCUGGCGUUGCCUUAGGCUGCUUUAGGAGAGAGAGAUUGAGAGAGAGACAGAGACAGACAGAGAGAGAGACAGAGACAGACAGAGAGAGAGAGAGAGAGAGAGACAGAGAGAGAGAGAGAGAGAGAGAGAGAGAGAGAGAGAGAGAGAGAAGGAGAUUGAGAAAAGUUUGCUGAAAAAAAAGUAAGAUAUUUUCUGCCAGAAAAAUCGAGGAGGAAAACCAACCAAGCAAACAAAAAUAAUUUCUCGAUUGUUGCUCUAAAGCCGCUGCAUCUGUCUAUGCCAAACUAAUCAAUACCAAUUGCACCACAGAACCCAAUUGCAAAUUCAGCUGGGAGGAGAUUACCUUUCAGACAAUUUGCUGAAAGCAGCUUGGAAAUUCUGUGUCGAAGGGUCUGCCACGUUUUCAUGCUUGUGUUUUGGGCUCCAAAUUGGCACUGAGAAUGGGUUAUUGAGAGCACAAGGCUAGUUCCCGGCCCCACUUUUAAACAUUGACACACUUGUGAUUCUAGCAUUCUCUUAAGUCCCAAACCUCUUUCGAUGAACAGUUUCAUGCUGUGAAUUUCUAGUGGGAUCUCUUUUCCUUGAUAUUGACAACACAGUUUUCCAUGUACCUUUAAAGAGCAGGGAUUUGGGGACAGAGCAUUUCCAGAGGUGACAUUUUCAUCAUUUCCAGUCUUAACAGUUUGGCUUUUUUUGGGGGGGAGGGCUCGGUUUGGUUUUGUUCGUUUGUUUCACUUAAAAAAAAUUAACUACCUGUAAAAUCUAAACAUGGCUGUUAGUGUCACACCAAUUCGGGACACCAAAUGGCUCACACUGGAAGUGUGUAGAGAGUUCCAAAGGGGCACUUGCUCACGAGCAGACACGGAAUGUAAAUUUGCACAUCCAUCGAAAAGCUGCCAAGUUGAAAAUGGACGAGUAAUCGCCUGCUUUGAUUCAUUGAAAGGUCGCUGUUCAAGAGAGAACUGCAAAUAUCUUCACCCGCCUCCCCACUUAAAAACACAAUUGGAAAUAAAUGGACGCAACAACCUGAUCCAGCAGAAGAACAUGGCCAUGCUGGCCCAACAGAUGCAACUUGCUAAUGCCAUGAUCCCUGGCGCCCCGCUACAACCCGUGCCAAUGUUUUCUGUUGCCCCCAGCCUAGCCACUAAUGCAUCCGCCGCCUUCAAUCCCUACCUGGGACCUGUUUCCCCAGGCUUGGUCCCAGCAGACAUCUUGCCAACUGCGCCAAUGCUGGUUACAGGGAAUCCUGGUGUCCCGGUACCUGCUGCAGCAGCUGCUGCUGCACAGAAAUUAAUGAGGACAGACAGACUGGAGGUGUGUCGAGAGUAUCAACGAGGCAAUUGUAACCGAGGAGAAAAUGACUGCCGAUUUGCUCAUCCAGCUGACAGUGCUAUGAUUGAUACCAAUGACAACACUGUCACCGUGUGCAUGGAUUACAUUAAAGGGAGAUGCUCUCGGGAAAAGUGCAAAUAUUUUCACCCUCCUGCCCAUCUACAAGCCAAGAUCAAGGCUGCCCAAUACCAGGUCAACCAGGCUGCAGCUGCCCAGGCUGCAGCCACCGCAGCUGCUAUGGGAAUCCCUCAAGCUGUUCUUCCCCCAUUACCAAAGAGGCCUGCUCUUGAAAAAACCAAUGGUGCCACGGCGGUCUUUAACACUGGUAUUUUCCAAUACCAGCAGGCUCUUGCCAACAUGCAGUUACAACAGCAUACAGCCUUUCUCCCACCAGUUCCCAUGGUGCACGGUGCUACGCCAGCCACUGUGUCCGCUACAACAACAUCCGCCACAAGUGUUCCCUUCGCUGCAUCAGCCACAGCCAACCAGAUACCCAUAAUAUCUGCCGAACAUCUGACUAGCCACAAGUAUGUUACCCAGAUGUAGAAAUUUCAUCACCAAACAAUCAUACUAAAGAGAAGAGGACAGUGUGCUUGGUUAGAAUAAAGGACGAGGUCGUUAGCCAUAAUGUAUAUACUGUCAAGCAACACACCCAGCCAAACCCUCAGCUGUAAAGCAUCCACCUAUUGCAUGUUAUCAAGAUGAAAAGACAACAUGGAAACCCACUGCACACUGUUGCCUAGAUACUUUGUAUAUUGAAUUGAUAUUUGUGCUGAGGUGAUCUUAAUGUCUAAAAGAACAACAUUGUCUCUCUUUUCUAGCACAGAGAGAUGCAUAUGUAUUUUGGUAUGCAUCCACCUAGUUAAUUUCCUACAUACUCACGCCAUCUUGAAAAGACAGACUAUGGUGUAACCAUGAUUCUAUCAUGUAUUGGUACGUCUGUAGACCAAGAUAUAAUUUUUUAAAAAAAAUAAGUUUAUUUCUUUCAAGGUUUACAAAUAACAAAGGUGCACCUUGUAUUUAAAAUUGCCAUUAUAGACGAAAGUGUGCAUGCACAGUCAUUUUUGUUGAAGAGUAAUAUUUUUAAUGUAAUAGAUUGUAAGAGGUGGCGAGGGAGGGAUCUGACAGAGAUGAAUGUGCCAAGCAAAACCAUAGCUGUGUAUAUUUAAAGCACAUCAUGGCUUUAAGAACCAUGUUGUUGAAGAUUCUCAUGAAGUGCCAUAGACUGUACAUCAAAGUAGAGUAUUAUUUCUUCAGUGUUAUUAUUUUCAGAGCCACAUUUUGUUGCUUACUCGCUAAUACCAAUCAGUCAAAGGGCACCAUUCUUUUUUCGAAACCAAAGCUGUCUCAGAAAUGGCCCACUUAACCUUAACAGUAACCAUAGGCAGCACAAGACAAACUCUCAAAUAAACACAGAAAACUCACACAUACUGGAGAUAUAUAGAGAGAUAGAUAUAUAUAGAUUAUAUAUAAAAUUAUUUUAAUGCAUUGUAGUGUAAUAUUUAUGCAUAUUAUACUGUAUAACAUGAUACUCAAAAAAAACAAAAGGGAAAUGCCAUUUCUGAGACACGAUAACAAGAAAACAAUGUUUGAGGAACUUGUUUUGCUUCUAUUUAUAGCCUCUGUCAAAAGUCAAAAGACUAUAAAUGCUUUGCAAAAAUAGUUUCACUUUGUUUCCAUUCUUCAUUACAGUCACAUUCAAAAUGGUGACUCUAAACAAAGAGGAAGGCAGCAGCAAUGUCAUUGGAUGCAUGUUAAACCAAAAUAUUAAAAAAAAUGGUAAAGGUUUAAUUAAGUAGUAAUUGGGCGGGUUAAGUACUUGGGUGAAUUUUAUAUGUGAUUUUUUUUUCUUUUUUGUUUCUGUUUUGUUUUGAUUAACUGCUUAUAGCCUUAGAAAGCCUUUUACAAAAUUAAAAAUAUAUAUAGAUGUGCAUUCAGUUUUUAAAAAUAGAUUCAUCCAAAGGAAUUCCUUUUUUCUUUCUUUUUUUGUGGUUUGGAUGUUGCAGCUAGUAGAGGAUAUACAUAUAUGUAUAUGUACGGAUAUAUAUGUAUAUGUAUAAUUUUUUGCCUGUUCAGCAAUUCUGAGUGUUGCUGAAAUGGGGGCCAGGUCACUAGUAGUAUGGUGUGGAAUGGAAGAGGAGGAGGUUCCGUUAUAGAACCUUCCAUACUUCCACGUUUACGGCAAGUUUUUAUGCUCGAGAGAUACGCUUUCUAGUAUAAGAAUGAUGUGUUGAUUUCACUGAUUGUACUGUACAUCUAUUAAAGCCUUAGAUUAUUACAUUACGGGUUGGACCCCAUACCAAUGUAAUUUCAAUCGUGUUAAGAAAGUUUAGGUGACUUCACAUGUUAUUGUAGCUAGUUUCAUUAUAGAAUAUUACUUAUUUUCCUUGUUAAAAUGUAGAUUUUAAUUUCCUACAUUUAUUAAAAUUGUUUUCAUUUUCUAUUAACAAUUGAAUACCAUUUCAGUUUAUAAAAUUUUGUUUUAUUAGAUUUUACUGAUGAAUUUUCAAAAUACAAAAAAAUAGUUUUUUUUUCUUUCAUAACAUACUCAGUUUUGAAUUACAUGUAGUGUCAUAUAAGGAUUCGUAUUAUUGUUAAACUAAAUGAUUUAUAUUUUACGGAUUUAAUAUUACAGUGUAAGAAUGUCAGUCAUUGUUAGUUCUUGUCUAGUUUUCAUUAAAAGAACAAAGAUCUUUUAUAUGGAUAUCUUAUAAUUAUAUAAUCAUUGCUAAGUAAGAAGUUAAGUUGUUGCUAUAGCAACAAUCCUGGCAGACAAUUGAGUAAUAUUUUGAUGAUUUAUUUUGUUUGUAAUUAGUUAUUAUAAGAAAAUCUAGAUCCUAGAUAUUAGAAUAAAAUUUAUUUUCUACUGUAUCCAUUUCAAAUGUUUAAGUAUUGUUUAAAUAUUUUUUGAAAUCCCUGAAUAUCAGGCCUUGUUAUAAUUAAGCUGCAUAAUCGAUAGAUCAAGGGACUUUUUGUUGAUAAUCCAAAUACUCAAAAGUUUACGUAACAAGAAUUUUAGUGUGUGCAAACUCUUGAGGGUUGAUUAUGCUGCAGCUUACCAUGUUGGAACGUUGAGGAAAGAAGGUUGACUUUUUGCACUUCUGUAUAUAGUCAAAAAAAAAAAGAGAGAAACCUGUAUAAUAGUGAGAUCUUAUUUUGAAUAAAAACGUCUAUAAUUACAA